AUGCUCAAGGAACAUACCAACACAUGCUCUUUGAAAACUUAUCCAUGCCAGGGCUGUAAUAAGAAAUUCAAUUAUUUCGCUGACUAUAAAUACCAUAGAAAAUGGUGUGAACCAAGACAUUGUUGUCCUUUCUGCAAAUCGGAUCUGUGUGAAGGCAAGAUAGGAAAGGAUUUUGAAAAAUGUGCUAUCAUGCAUUUCAAAUAUACAAACAAAUGCCCAGUUUGUGAUAAGAACCUCCUAGGUUUGCAUCAUAAAUAUCCACAUGUAAAAGCUUGCAUGAGAAUUUGCAAGGACAAAAAAGAGCCUGAUUUAUACUUUUCAUUGUGUGAAUUAUGUGGAAAACUCUUUACAAUAAAGAAAAAGGGAAAAUAUAACAUAAAUGACAGAUACAAGCAGCAUUUAUCCCAUGUUCAUAAAAUUGGUGACUACCCAUGCGAUAAAUGUGACAAAGUCUUCUUCUAUAAAAAAGAAUUGGAAAGUCAUUACAGAGCUCACACAGGUGAAAAACCACAUCAAUGUGAAGUCUGUGGCAAGAGAUUCAGGACCAGAACUGAAUGGACAAGUCACAUAGCAUUCCACACAAAUGAACGGAAACAUGUUUGUGAGACUUGUGGAGCAUCCUUUAAUAGUCAAGCUGCAACACAAAGACAUAUGGUCAUUCAUACUGGUGAGAGAAAGCAUAAGUGUGAUGUCUGUCUGAAAUGUUUUACCCAACAAUCUGCACUCAAAAGACACAAGCAAUCUAUACAUGAUAAAAUUAGGGCAUUCAAGUGUGAUACAUGUGAUGUCAGCUACACACAACGCUAUGCAUUGACCCUACAUUUGAAGGAGAAACAUGGGAUAGAACCAGCCACCAAAGCAAACAAUAGGGAUAACUACAAUCGAAGGUUAGGUGUAGGUAAGAGAUCAUCUCCAGCACAGUUUGUGAGACGGUCACAGAAAGGACGCAAGCGUAAAGUGGACAGUGAAUCUGAUACUAGCACUGAUUCUGAAGCUGAUUUUACUUCAGCAAACAGAAAGCUGGAUCAGAGAGGUACAGAUGUCUCAGAGAAGAAAACCCCAACACUGAGAAGGAGGAAUUCUGGAUCCAGUGUAUCAACAAUACCUAUUGAUGAUAAAGUGACUGCGAAAAGGAAGAAGUCAUAUAACACAAGUGAAGAUAAUUCUGA